GCUACUUCUCAAUUUUAUAGGUGAUGUUGUCUCAAAAAGACAUGUACCUUAACAACAACAGAUUCGUGCAAUCCAAAUAACAGGGGGUAACUAUUUGUUCGGACUUAUUUUACACAAACUUUAGAAGGACGUCACAAAUGUUUAUAUAAGAAAAAUACAAUAUACUCUCCUCUCUGUGCUGAAAAGAAACUUCAAGUUAUUUUUAAGUUGUUUCAGGUACGUAGCAUGUCAUUCGGUUAAUAAUAAACUUUGAAAUUUAAUUGGUGGAUGAUUGCAUCACAGCAUUUAAAGAACCAAUCAUCACCCUGGAUUACUUGGUUGUCGGUGACAACAGGACUUUAAAACGCAAGAACUUGUUAGUCGUCAGUAGAAUACUUUUUUCAAGUGUCUUUAGAACUUUGUUUUGGUUUCGUGAUUGAGUGUCAUGGUGUCAUAUGAUAAAAUUAUUCCAUUUGAAGUGUAAAGAAAAUGACACAAGAAUUAUUUGAUAAGAGUUUAAUUGAUAACUGUUAAAAGUAAAAAGUAAAUUAAAAACAAUAAAUGUUUAAAAAUCAAGCAAAAGCUUUUAAUUAUAAAUCAUCAUCAAUGCUACCUCAGUGCUAACCCCUUAGCACUGAUGAUGAUUUAUAUCAAAAAGCUUAUGCUUGAUUUUUAAACAUUUAUUGUUUUUAAUUGACUUUUUACUUUUAUUAUUCAACUAAUGAUGUACAUAUUUAACAUUUAUUGAUAACUGUUGUUUUAUUCCUAGAGAAAAUUUAUCAUUACCUCGUUCCCAGGGCAUCUUGUAUCGUUUGUUCGCACCGCUGUCUUGAUGUCAAAAAGAUAUAAGAAGCCCGGGGCUUGAAUUUGAUAUAUCAUGCGAAUAGCUGAUUACUUUACCGUCUUUUUUAACUUAAACUUUUAAAUUCUAGACGCUAAGAAAAACAAGAAGUCCUGUCAGCAAGUCCAAGUAGGAAUUGUUAUGAGAAUGUAAUGCUAGUAGACAUGCUGGUACAACAAUGAUGGAAAGGAUUUAACUACACUGGUACUACAAACAGGCGGUCAAGUUACACUGUAAAAAAUAAACAAAACACAUAAAACUGCACGUAAAAUCUUGAAGGAAUGGUAUAAUGCAUAAAGAGCUGAUACAUUACCAGGAAUUAUGUUUAAUACAUCAAUUGAGCAUCACACCUACAAAGUUAGUGACGAAGGGAGAUUCGUAAAAUUAACUGUGUUGAUAACAUUAGAAUUGGUGGCAUUCUUUGGCAACUUACUUUUCAUUUUUGCAGUUUUCUACCGCCGUCCCAUCCACAAACAAACAAGAACGUAUAUCUAUCUUAGUUUUGUCUCGAUAACCAAUUUAGGAGCUGCCAUAUUUGUUAUCCCGUUUCCAAUUAUAACGUUAGCAACAGGGAAAUGGGCACUAGGUUCAGAAAUGUGUUAUUUUAAUGGCUAUAUGAAUUCGUUUUGGCUGACAUCCUGCGUUUACUCUAUAACUGUCUUGUCAGUGCACAAGUAUUUCACAAUAGCUCGACCCAUGCUUCGAAACGCAUCUUAUAAACCUGUUGCUUACAGAAUUUUUUUUACCAUGAUCCUCUCGGUUGUUGUAACCACAAUACCCUUCGCGAAGAAUAGGGUUUACUUUAACCCGUACACAGCUCAAUGCGCUAUUAAAAUUGAUGAUAUUGGUUACGUUGUUUAUAUCAUAUUAAGUUCAUACUUCAUACCCACCUUUAUCAAUGUUUUGGUGUAUUGGAGAAUAUUCAUCGCACUCGAAAAACACGGCAGACGACUGAGAUUUACCACCUUUUAUAACGCAAACGUCAUGGAUGCACAGAAAAGAAUGAUGAAGACAUUGUAUUUAGCGUUUAUGUCGUUUAUAUUCAGCUGGACGCCGUUCUUUAUUUAUGCAGUUUUAUACGUCGCACGAGAUAAAAGCGCGUCAUCGAAGUAUUUUCUAGCGAUAGCCUAUAUGGCUGGGUUUUCAAACAGCGCGUUUAACCCGUUAUUAUUUAUAUUUCGAAAUCUACAAAUAAAAAAUUGCUGGUUGUCGGUUUUCAAGAAAAAAGAAAUACCAAAGUUGGCGUUAGUGCCGUCACUCUCACGUCCCAAUGAAUCAUUCGACGACGACAGACGAACGUCUUAUUUUGGACCAGAAUUGAAUUUCGAUUUUUCAACACAAAACGAACUGCGAAAUAAUUUUGGACACAGUGAUGUCAGACUUUCAAGUUUCAAAGAAUCGAACGAGAUUGAAAUCAAAUUUGAAAGUGCACUUGAGAUGUACGCUAACAAUCAUACAGAAAGUUCCAAACUUUGAAGAUUUACACGUAACUUAUUUAGUUCAUUGGUUGGAAGAUAAAGUUAUGUUUCUAUUUAAAAACAAGUUUAGUAAAUAAAAUAUAUUAAGACUAUAACAUAAUUCUUAGUUAACAAUCUGGUUUAGCGUUUAUAUCUAUUUUAAUGGACAAUAACACUACUGUUGAAUGAACAGUUUACAGAUAUCUUUUAAUAGCUUGAUUGCUGCAGAAAGAAGACGAGAUGUCGUCGUCGUUGCUGUCGUCAUCAUCGCUGUUGUCGUCAUUAUUGUCGCUGUUGUGGUCGUCAUCUUCGCUGUUGUUGUCGUUAUUGUCGCUUUUGUCGUCGUUAUUGUCGCUGUUGUCGAAGUCAUCAUCUCUUUUGCCGUCGUCAUCGUCGUCAUCGUCGUUGUCGUCGUCGCCAUCGUCGUUAUUGUUAUUUUUAUUAUUUUAAAAAGGAAAACCUACCUACAACAUCAAUCCCAGAGCUUCUUCUGAUGAAAAAGCGUUCUUUUUAGUUAGCCACUUACAAGAAAACGAAAAAGCGAUGGGUAGGAGAUUGAAGCUACACUGAUAUUUUAUGUACUCUAGGGUACCAAGUUAUUAGGAAUGAGGCCGGGACUUAAACGGGGAGGGAUUGCACAAUUGAGUGGUGUGGGAUAAUUGAACUGGGGUUGGAAAAUGAGAAAACAUGAUAUUUUUUGAAUCGCCUUAUGUUUGCUUUAUAAACUCAAAUGAUAUAUGCAGUGCAACAUUGCUCCUCAUUCUUUUCGUCAGACUUCUUGCUGUUUAAACUCGAUUUCAUUCAAAAGAAAAUUGGCUGCAUGUUUAAAAUUAACAAGGGAAAAAAGUGUUGGCGGAAAAAACUUUAACUGCUUUUUUUGAAAAUUCACAAAGGUUUUUGCAAAAUUCAAUUAGAAAUGAUCUCCGUGAAUUUAGCUGCCAUAAGAAAAUAGUCGAUUUUUUCCCUCAAAUUGCAAAAAAAUUCUAAUAUUGUAGAACCUCAAAAGUCAUUUCCCGCAAAACUUUUGCUGUAUCAAAGGGCCGCAAAAGUUUCUUCCGCAAACACUUUCUUCUCUGAGUACAGUAGACGUCCGUUAAUUCGAACACGCCAGGGACUAAAUUAUUUGUUCGAAUUAACGAAUGUUCGAAUUAUCGGAAGUUCAGAACAAACAAGAAUUUUAAUAAACGUUAAAAGUUUUUUUUUCCUAAUAUAACUUUAUUACAACUUUAGUACAACUUUUAAAAAAAAUUUUUAACGUUGUUAGCUUGGCGAUAGGAAAAGCCUCCAAAUUCCUUGUAAACUUCAUUUUAUUGGAAAUGCCAAUUUAAUUGAUAAAUUGAAAGAAAUUUUGCCAAUAUUGAUGCAAUAAAAAUGAAUAAAAAUGAAAACAUUUUUUUUUUCCAUAAGAUUUUAUUUAUUGAUACACAAAAUUUCGCAUUAACGAGCAUAAUGCAGCUUUGUGAUAAAAAAAAAAUUGUUCGAAUUAGCGAAAUGUUCGAAUUAGCAAAAUUCGAAUUAAGCAGCUCAAAAUAUAAGACUUUAUUAAACCAUUUUGGAAAUUUGUUCGAAAUAACGGAAAGUUCGAAUUAACGGACGUCUACUGUACUUAAAUAUUUUCAAGUUCGAAAAUUAGCAAUUAGAGUAAGGGUGGUUGUUCGGUACGGCAGAUCGAGCAGAGGUGUAAACAUCUCCGUUACACACGCUAUUUUUUUUUUGUUUAGAAAAUAAUUAUUAAAAAUAAUUUGUUCUUUGUAUGUGUAUUUAUUUAUUUAAGUUGAAAAAAGAUUUCAGUUAAAUUUUUUCCCUGUU